CUACUCCUGAUUCGUGUGUCUCUCGGCGGUGCUGUAGCACUGCUCAUAGACGAUAAGAGGUACAGUGUAGCAGUAGCGGGCUGCAGCAACACCAGCAGUUAUAGUUGCAGCUGCAGAGAACGGCUCGGGGUUUCACCGUCUAAGGGUGAGAGGAGCAAGAAUUUAAUUAGCACUGACUGAAUCAUGGCUACUGAAACAAUAUCCUCGUGCACAGGCUCCAGUUUACUGCAGCCGAUCAGCGAAAUCGUCAAUCUCCCAUUGGAUCAGGUGAACUUCGUGGUCUGCCAGCUGUUUGCACUGCUCACGGCGUUCUGGUUCCGCCUGUACCUCCACCCGAGUAAAACCAGCCCCUUCGUCCGACACAUGGUGGCCACGCUGCUGGGGUUCCACUUUGCGCUGUUUUGUUUCGGCUGGUAUGCCUUGCACUUCCUGGUUCAGAGUGGAAUCACCUACAGCAUCAUGAUUCUAGCAGGAGUGGAGCACAUGCACAAGUACUGUUUUGUGGUGGCUCUGGGGUACCUCAGUUUUUGCCAGAUCACACGGGUCUAUGUCUUCGACUACGGGAUGUACUCUGCAGACUUCACUGGGCCCAUGAUGGUAAUCACUCAGAAGAUCACCAGCCUAGCAUUUGAAAUCCACGACGGAAUGGCUCGUAAGGAUGAGCAGCUCACUGCCAGUCAGAGAUAUCUAGCUGUAAGGAGGAUGCCUAGUUUGCUGGAGUAUUUGAGCUACAACUGUAACUUCAUGGGAAUCCUGGCAGGGCCCACGUGCUCGUACAAGGACUACAUCACCUUCAUUGAAGGCACGGCCUACUGCCAGAAGCACCUGGAGGCCAACGGGAAGGUUAACGGGAAGCUCAAGCAGAGCGAUCCCUCGCCCAGGGUGGAUGUCAUCCACAAGCUGUUUGCCUGUGCCAUGUCGCUCCUCGUCUUCCUGUCCGUCUGCAAAGUGUUCCCCGUAGAGCGCAACAUCGACGACCACUUCAUAGCCACCACGCCGUUCUACGGUCAGGUGGUGUACCUGUACCUGUCUAUGCUGACCACACGACCCAAGUACUACUUUGUGUGGACCCUAGCUGAUGCCAUCAACAAUGCAGCGGGAUUCGGCUUCAAUGGCUACGGUGCAGACGGCUUGCCCCGGUGGGAUCUGAUAUCAAACCUGAGGAUUCUGGAUAUAGAGUUCGCUACGAGCUUUAAGAUGUUCCUUGAUAAUUGGAAUAUUCAAACAGCACUUUGGCUCAAACGAGUGUGCUAUGAACGCUGUCCCUACAACCCCACGGCUGCCACGUUUCUGCUGUCAGCCAUGUGGCACGGUGCUUACCCCGGGUACUACCUCACCUUCCUCACCGGCAUCCUGAUGACUUUGGCAGCGCGGGCGAUAAGACACAACGUGAGGCCAUAUUUCCUGGGUUCAGCGACACACAAGCAGCUCUAUGACAUCAUCACGUGGGCGGGGACUCAGAUCGCCAUAUGCUACACAGUGGUGCCGUUUGUGCUACUGUCAGUGGGUCCGUCAGUGAAGUUCUACAGGUCAUGGUACUUCUGCAUCCACAUCGGCUGUGUGCUGCUGGUGGCGGCCCUGCCAGUGAAAUCCAGAUACCUGCGGGCCCAGCAGCACCAGAACAGCCUGCCUCAAGCCCUGGCCCGAGACGGCCACCCCGUCACAGACCGCAACAGCAACCAGAGAGGGAAGGCCACAUGAGGGAUGG